CGGCAUGUUUGCACGUUUUAAGCGGAUGAUUGUGUGUGUAAAUUAGUGUGAAAAUUUAUAUUAUUUCUUUGGAAAAGAAAGAAGAAAAAACGUGUUGGAAGGAGAAAGAAAUGCCAUACAUUUUAUGACUUUUUAGUGCGGAAAUCCGUAAUUCUAGCGAAAAAGAAAAUUCAGAGUUUGCAAUUUUUCUGGCUUCGCGCAUUUCGUGCAUUUUGAAAGAGUGCAAGUGGAGUAACGCGAGUGCGAAACGUUCAAAAGUCAUCAACAACAAAAAAAGGCAAAAGUCAAAAAGCGAGUUUUAUAUAAAGUGUACUUGCAUACAUAUGUACAAGUAAAUUCAUACAAAAUACAAACACACAUACAUACAUAUUUAUGUAUGCGCAUGUUAAGUGGAUAUAAACAAAUUCGGUUUAUAUUGUACACCAAUUGCGGUGUUUUUCUGCUUUAAUCGCAUUUUCUGGUGGCAAAUGCCAUUGGCACACGGUUUUGGACAUAUUCGCAUUGGUACAGAUCCAUACAUACAUACAUUAAGAGUAGUUUUAAGUAAACGAGUUACGAAAAUAUCGCAGUAACACAGUGAAUACUAAGCUACUAAAUUCACUGCAAAGUCGUGAGCGAGGAGCAAAAUAGAAGCGAACAAAAAAAAAAUAAACAGAAAAUUGUCUGUCUGUAUUUUCAUUGUUGUUGGAAAAUGGGCACAAAGAUCGAAUACGUGGACACGACGCAUCUCUAUGCAACCAAAUACAUACGCAACUCAAAGGCCAUAGCUGUACUCUGGGCGAUAUUCACAAUAUGUUAUGCCAUUAUCGGCAUUGUUGCCUUUGUGACGCCAGAAUGGAUCGGUGAUCCGGAUAAUGAGAGUGCCGGUCGUUUGGGCUUGUGGCAGGUGUGUCAGCGCGAUGAAAUAUUUGACAAUUGCAAACGACGUUGGGAGACCAUACUCACAGUGCCAACAUUCUCAUUUCAAUUAGCAACAUUCUUUAUGGUUGCGGCGGUGGCAUUGGCCUUGCUGACGAUCUGCUUUUUGAUAUUCUUGAUCUUCAUGAAAUCGACAAGAGUAUUUCACAUAUGCGGCUGGAUGCAAAUAAUAUCAGCGCUUUGCAUGAUCGUCGCCUGUGCUGCCUUCCCGUUCGGCUGGAAUUCCGAUGAUUUUCGUAAAAUAUGUGGACCCGAUGCGAAUCGUUUUGAGCUUGGCCUAUGCGGCAUUCGCUGGGCUUAUCCUCUUGCCAUAAUCGGUUGUGUCGAUGGUGUGGUCUUGGCGACACUUGCAUUCAUAUUGGCCACACGUCAUGUGCGUCUACAACCCGAUCCGCUCUAUCAGAGUUCACUGUACAAAGGUGAAAUUAACAACGCUUACAUUACAGACGCUGUCAGCUUGGCCGGUUCGCGGAAAUCACUGAAUCUGCAGCCGAUUCUGUUGGUGGCGCCGCCGCACAAUAUGCCCACCAAUGGCGAUGACACGAUAUCACAAUUCUCCUCACGCACACCGAAUCAUCGAUAUCGACCGGACUAUCCUAUGCAUCAGUUUUGAGGAUUCUUGCCGACCCCAAACCGUUCAUUGUUUGUGAUUUGUGCUUGCUGCUUGCUGCGACUGUUGUGUGUUUUGAGUUUUCGUCUUCGUUUUCGUUUUCAAUAAUUUUAUGAUUUUCACUUUAAUUUCUGUUAAUAUCCUAAAUGAAAUGCAGGUUUUAUGGACUGAAAGAGUAAAAUAAAAUCGAAUCCCUGUAAUAAAUAUUUACUAAGCCACUUUUGGUGGCUAACUGUAUAUACGGUAAAUAGAAAUGUAUCUUUAACUGUAAAAUGUACAAUAGCAAAUAAGUGUAAACGUAAAUAAAUUAUUAUCAUAUCUAAUGAAGUGA